AUGCAAACCACACUAUUUAUAGAUAAUUCUAUUCGGCCAGCUAUGGAAUAAUAGCAAAAUUGGGAUAAUAAGGUGCUAAUACAUAAUGAUAAGACAAUUUUGAUUCCUGCAAGAACAAAGCUAUUGCUUAAGAGGAUAAAAGAAGUCGAUAUGAACAGAGGAAUAUGUGUUUUAAAUUACACUUAGCUAGUAUGGUUGUGUUGCGCAGGUUUACCUGAGAAAUUAGUGACAGAGCUAAAAACUAACCUUAAAUAUAGAGUUGGGUUCGAUACCGAAGAAUCUUUUACUCCUGAAAACUCAGCCAUUCGAGAGUCUAAUGGUUGGAUCACAAUUACAUACAGAGGUUCAAAAGAAUUGAUUAUUUAUGGAGAUAUGACAUGGGUUCCAUUCCAUCUCUUUUUUGUGGAGUUUCAUUUUGAAUUGUCGCACUUAGAAAUUAAUCUUGAAUUGGAUAAAUUUGCCAAAAGCUUUGUAGAUAAAAAUGCUUGGAAUACAUCUGAAAAAUAAACCAAGAGUUUUAUAGUGCGAUUUCUCUUACAUGAAAAUCAUUAACAGAAUGAAAUGGUCGGAAUUAAAAUAGAUGCCAAAGAAACAGCGAAUGUUUCAAUUGCAUAUCCUUUUAUUAAAAUUCAUAUUGUAGAAGAGCAAAAGUCCAACAAAAAGGAACCAGAGAAAACACUCAAUUACUAUCCAGCAGUAAGAUAUGAGAUUGCUUUUUAUUAGUAGCCAGGAGUUUCUAUAAUCAGUGCAUAUUUGCCAGUUUUCGUUUUGUCUUUCGUUGGUUUAGCAAUGUUCGACAGUCCUGUUGACUUAGCCAGUAGAAUUUCGAACGUUGCAGUUUUGCUUCUGGCAUAUAUUGCUUUCAUACCAUCUCUGAGAAGUCUAAUGCCUCCAGUACCCUACAUUACUAUGAAUGAUGGAAUAAUCGGUCUUAAUUUAAUUGCUUGUCUACUGAUUCUUCUUGAAAGUUAUUUAUAAGCUUAUAAUGCUAGAAAUGAAAGCCCUGACAUAGAAUAUGAAAAGCUCCUUAGGCAAAUAUUCAAAAUCGUAGUCCUUAUUGUAUUUACUUUGCCUAUGGUUAUUGUCUUUUUGCUCUCUUUACUAUAUUAUCUUUACUGGCAAAGAUUGUAUUCAAAGAAAUCAACUGAAGAUAAACGAAGUGCAGAUGACUUUGAAAUAAAUACUUGGUUUUUAAGACAUCAAUCUAGAAUUGGUAGUCCUAUGCUAAUAAAUGAGUUAUGA